CGCCCCGCCUCCCCGCGCCUCCUUUUCUGUGGCCCCUCGUCCCCACCAAGGUGAAGCUCUGCUGGGACGCGUGCGGCUCCUGAGCCACCUGACAGCUGACGACCACAUUAGCACCAAGACCCUCUGGUUUGGGACUCUGACAUGGCGUCCAUCAAGAAGGUUGCUUUCUCAGUGCUCAGCCGGGAGCAGUCAGAAGGGGUUGGAGCUCGUGUUCGCAGAAGCAUUGGCCGACCUGAGUUAAAAAAUCUGGAUCCGUUUCUGUUGUUGGAUGAGUUUACAGGUGGUAGACCAGCUGGAUUUCCCGAUCACCCACAUCGAGGAUUUGAAACAGUCUCUUACCUCUUGGAGGGGGGCAGUAUGGCCCAUGAAGACUUCUGUGGACACUUUGGUCAGAUGGACCCAGGCGACCUGCAGUGGAUGACAGCGGGCCGGGGCAUCCUGCAUGCCGAGAUGCCUUGCUCCGAGGAGCCCGCCCACGGCCUGCAGCUGUGGGUGAAUCUCCGCAGUUCCGAGAAGAUGGUGGAGCCGCAAUACCAGGAGCUGAAAAGUUCCGAAAUCCCCAAACCCAGUCAGAAUGGAGUGACCGUCGCUGUCAUUUCCGGAGAAGCCCUGGGCGUGCAGUCCAGGGUUUACACACGCACACCAACCUUGUAUUUGGACUUCAAAUUGGACCAAGGAGCAAAGCAUUCACAACCGAUUCCUCAAGGGUGGACAAGUUUCAUUUAUACCAUAUCUGGAAAUGUGCACAUUGGACCUGACCAGGCACAGCAGAAAAUAGAACCUCAUCACACAGCCGUGCUGGGAGAAGGUAGCAUUGUCCAGGUGGAAAACAAGGAUCCUGAGAUAAGCCACUUCGUACUAAUUGCCGGGGAGCCAAUAAGAGAACCAGUUGUCCAACAUGGUCCAUUUGUGAUGAACACCAAUGAGGAGAUUUCUCAGGCUAUUCUUGAUUUCAGAAAUGCCAAAAAUGGGUUUGAACGUGCCAAAACCUGGAAGUCAAAGAUUGGAAACCAGUGAAAGGCACAGGAGCAGGUGCUUCUCCCUGGAGGAAUUUGGCGAUUUACAGCAUCCAAUAUGCAAACACAUCCCCUUUCCCAUGCUGAUCUAGUUAUGCUUUUAAAGUAACAACUGUUGUUUCAUAAUAAUGUGCAUGAUGUAUUGCCAGGCACAAGAAAAUAAACAAAUGACGGCUUCUUUAAAACCCAGUGCUCUUCAUUUCGGCCUAAGUCACUAAGUCACUGUUGGGAAAAUCAUUUUGUGUGCA